GUUCUGUUUCUGUUCUCUCUAUCAGAGUUCACCCUCGUCAUCCCCAGUGCUUCAGUCUCAGCUCUGUUUGGUUCUUCAGUCGUCCUGUCCUGUGGUCUUUCUCCAGCUUUAAAUACCAGAACUUUUGAAGUUCACUGGUACAAGAACAUUCUCUAUGAAAACGUCGUUCUGCUCUACAAAGACCAAAAAGUCCAGGAGAACGUUGGAGAAGAGCAGAACAGGAACAGGGUGUCUCUGAUUGGGGACCUGGACAAAGGGAAUGUCUCUCUGAAACUAGAGAACCUCACAUUAGUUGAUGGAGGAUGCUUUGUAAAGAGCAUCAGUUGGUAUGAGAAGGGCAGUGUGACCCUGGUGGUAAAAGCAUUAGGUUCCACACCCAUCCUCUUAUAUCAUGAAGCAGGAGAAAAGAUGAACGUUACCCGUAGGUCAGGUGGCUGGUCACCCAAACCCAUGCUCACCUGGAGGGACAGUGCAGGAAGAGAACUCGCAAACAGCCACACUUAUUACAACACUGACUCUGAAGGGUUGGUGAGUCUGAGCUCAUGGCUGCUUUUCUCUCCGUCGGAUUCUGACUGGAUCUCCUGUACUGUGGGUUUUAACCAUCAGCAAAUAAGAGAGAGCAGAGUUGUACCACUCAAAGGAUUCUGGAGGGACGCGUUCAUCUCGACUCUAGUGUUGUCCUUAAUUAUCCUCAUCACCUUCACUGUUCUGAUUUUAUUCAGAAAAGGUUUCCUCCCGCACUGUUCAUCUCAUAAAAAUGCAAAAGCAGCAGCAGAUUCUCAUGAAUCCUUACCAGCAGAGACGCUUCCUCUUAACUCUACAGAGAAAUCAAGUUUAUCACGUGAACCCCAACAAUCGACUGAAGAAUCUUUUAGAUCCAGAUUAAGAGUGAUUAAACUCACACUGGAUCCAUCAACAGCCCAUGAAUCUCUGAAAGUGUCCACUGAUUGUAAAAGUGUUUCCUUUGAUAAAAGAUGCAGUGACUCUAAAUCUAAAUUUCCUCAUGUUGUGAGUAAAGAGGGGCUCGGAUCAGGGGAGUGCUACUGGGAAGUGAUGAUAUGGGAUAAAGCAUUAAAGCGGAAGUCGUCGUGGAGUGUGGGAGUGAUUCAGAAAUCCCAGUCAGAGAAGAAGAUGAUCAGAGCUCUGUGUUAUGAAGGAGGCAAUAAGGCAUAGGCUAAUAUUGACGAGUUCAGUGAAAUACCUAUUGAUUACAGUAUGUCGAAAAUAGGGCUGUUAUUAAACAGUGAAAAGAACGUUCUUUCCUUUUUCAAUGCAGGUAAAACCUCUGAUAAUUUUCUCUGUGCAUUCCGUAACAUUCCACAUGACACAUAUUUUGCGUUGUCCAGUCCAGGAGUGAAAGAUGUGUCAUAUCAAAAUUAUAAAUUAACAUGAACAUGAUAGAAAAAGUGCAGAACAGCCAGAGGAUUGAUUUCCUGUUCAGCAGCUACAACUUCCUGUGUGUAAAAUAGAAUCUAAUCAAAUCAGAGGAUCAUAUUCACACUGGACAUCAUAACAAGCCCAACAGAUUCAGAUCUCAGAUGACCGGUGUGUUGUUCACAGCCACGUUCAUGAC